UUUGAUUAUCGGUAUAACAUGAUGGCACACUUUCAGGUCGUUGUGCUGGGUGAAUUGACACUAUACUAUGACAUCAUGUUUUUAGGUUAGUGUGCACAAACGACUGGCUAUAUACCUUGCCUGCUACUUGCUUUAUGGCUGGUAUCCUAGUUGGAGCGACAUUUUCUGGUUGGAUGUCUGACAGAUUUGGCAGAAAACGAACAACAGUCAUAAUGACUUUCGCACAAAUACUAACGAUAGUUGGGGCUGCAUUUUCACCGAUUUUCUGGCUCUUCCUCGUCUUUCGUUUCCUUGUUGGAAUUACAAGCAUCGGUUCUUUUACUCCACUCUGGAUAUUGGUUGUUGAGAAUAUGCCACCUGUAUAUCGCUCUCAUUGCACGCAAUACGUUGCGAUAGGGCGCAUUGUAAAAUGUCUCCUUCCCGUCCUGGCUUACUUCGUGAGAGACCACGUAUAUCUGCAGUUGGUAUCGGCAUGUAUGAUUAUCCCUGGUCUUAUUUGCGUAUGUCUCAUCCCAGAAAGCCCUAGGUGGUUGCUAUCCAUGAAGAGAUUUGAUGAAUUUGACAAGGCUGUGAGGAGUAUUGCCAGAAUUAACAAAUGUAAAUAUCCCGAAAAUGUCGAGGUAGAACACCCAAAUGCCAGAGCAGCUGAUACUGAUGUCGUUGAAGCAAAGAAAAUGUAUGAUAACAGCAAAACUGACCCCAGCGUCAACGAAGCAAGACAAGUUAAAACAAAACAAGCUUCACUCGUUGAUCUUUUCCGGACACCUCGUCUAAGAGCCAGGACUAUGAUACUUUGGUUCAUUUGGAUUUCGUCUGUAUUCGCUUCAUAUGCAAUGUCGCUAAAUAUCGGUGCUCUUAUACCUGGAAGCAUAUACUUGAACAUGCUGCUUGUCUAUGGACUCUCUGAAAUACCGUCGUUCUUCACGAUUUGGCUCAGCUUGUUCAAACUAGGUCGACGUUGGUCUAUCGUUCUUUUUCAUAUCAUUAACGGUAGUUGCUGUUGCUUGAUCAUAUUACUGCUAAGGAUGAACAUACCCAUUUUGGUGACUAUCACAGCCAUGGUAGGGAUGAUCGCGAUGCUGACGAGCGGGCGGAUAAUGUAUUUGUACACCGGGGAAAUUUACCCGACACAAGCACGGAACUUAGGCCUCGGGAGUGCGUCUAGUUUCGGUCGUAUCGGGGGUCUAAUUUCUCCCCAGAUUCCUCUCUUAGCCAAAGUUUGGUACGGUCUUCCAUAUGUUUGCAUGUCUGUUUUUCCGAUAGCAUCUGGUAUUCUAGGCUAUUUUCUCCCAGAAACCAAAGAUAAACGACUACCAGAGACUUUUGAAGAAGCGGAGGUUUUUGGAACUUCAAGUUACAUUGAGGGUAGCAAGUGUAGCACUGAAAAGUCUAAUGGUGUUGUAAUGCAACCUAUGCAUGCUGGGCCUACUACCUUGGACGAAAGUCGCAAAAAUGUAACCACUUUGUAAAUUGCAAAAGUUUU